AUGAAAAAGUAUAUUCAAUUGUCAUACAAGAUACAAUAUAAAAAAGCACCAAAAGGAUUUUUCCGCUGUCGGGCUUCGAACCCGAAUUUUUGUUCCAGAUUUAAGCUAUACUGUAUACUCUACAUAAUAUGCUACUGCCUAUCUUCUGUUCGACUUUAUACUACAUACGGACUGUAA